AUGCUUUCGCUCGUGCAGGACCAAAUCGCACUGCUGCAGUCUGCUCUCGACGACCCGACGAUCCAGUGGAAGAAGCUUGUCCUCGCACUCCUCUGGCUCGUCUAUGCCUUCGAAACGCUUCUCUCCCUGCGCCAGUACCGCCUCUACAGCCUGGAUACACCUCCGGCCACACUCGCAAGCCAUGUGGAUCUCGAGACGUUCAAGAAAUCGCAGGUGUAUGGACGGGACAAGGCACGCUUCGGCUUCUUGUCGUCGGCCGUCAGUCAGUUGAUCAGCGUUGCUCUGGUCUACUACGAUGUCUAUGCCUGGAGUUGGACGCUCGCUGGCUCGGUUCUGACGCACUUCGGACAGAGUGAUAGCGAGAUUCCGCGCUCGAUCGUGUGGAUGGUCAUCAUGUUUGUACUUCGAGAGGUCCCGGCGAUGCCGCUCACGUUGUACCGCAACUUUGUCAUCGAGCAACGACACGGCUUCAACAAGAUGACCGUGCGAACGUUCAUCACCGACACUUUGAAGGAGUGGCUCCUUGGGUUUGUAAUUGGCGUGCCGCUCAUCUCGGCCUUGUUGUGGAUCAUCCGCUGGGCGGGUUCGUCGUUCGUGUCGUACGUCGUCGUCUUUCUCUUCAGCUUCCAGAUCAUCGCCAUGGUGCUCUACCCGACAGUCAUCCAGCCGCUGUUCAACAAGCUCACGCCUUUGCCUCAGGGGGCGCUGCGUGACCGAGUCGUCGCUCUGGCCUCGUCGCUCAAGUUCCCGCUCAAGCACAUCUACGUCAUCGACGGCAGCAAGCGCUCUUCGCACUCGAAUGCCUACUUCUUCGGUGUGAUCCCCGGUGGCAACAAGCACAUUGUCAUCUUUGAUACGCUGAUUGAAAAGUCGACGUCCGACGAGAUCGAGGCUGUGUUGGCGCACGAGCUGGGGCAUUACGCCAACAACGAUCCGGCCAAGCUGCUGGUGCUCUCGCAGGUGCAGAUUUGGUUCACUAUGAGUCUGUUUACGCUGUUUAUCAACAACGUCUCGCUGUACCGCUCAUUUGGGUUCCAGGUUGGGCCGUCGCUAUUGGAAAAGGCGACGGGUACGCCUGCGUCGGAGCUGCUCAACUAUCUACCCGUGAUUAUUGGGCUCGAGUUAUUCCAGCUCGUGCUGAACCCGACGGAUGCGCUGGUCAAGUUUUUGCUCAACGCCGCGGUUCGCAGGAUGGAGUAUGCCGCGGAUCGGUUUGCGGCGAGUCUGGCGCGGCCGGGGCCCACGCCAUCGGAACUCGCAGCCGCGGCCGAGUUCAACGCCGACACGCACAACGCUGCCCUCAAGGUCGAUCCGAAUGACAAGGAGCCGUACGUCGACCUGCUGGCCAAGGCGCUCAUCAAGCUGCACGUGCACAACCUGUCGACCAUGCACCAUGACCCGCUGUUUUCGGCGUACCACUACUCGCAUCCUACGCUAGCGGAGCGUCUCAACGCCUUGGCUGCUUUGCGGCCUCGCCUCGAAAAGCAAAAGUGA